AUGUAUAAAAUAACCAAUUUAAGAAAUCGCAUACCUAGUAACACAAUUUUAAAAAAUACACUGCUCCAAAACCCUAUAGGAAAAAUAAACUUACCACAUUUAAAUGCCCCAAAUAAAAUAAAUAUUAAUAAGGGGAACAUAUAUAUAGAUAAUUUUAAUGAGAAUAAAAAGUUUAGUGAACUGGAAAAGGAUUUUUUUACGCUAUUUAUAAAUAAUAAUAUUUUAAUAGAUCUAAAAAAAACAUUUAACGAGCAGAGCAAUAAACAAGUAUUACUCUUUUGGAAUAGAAGUCCAGGCGCAAGAUACCCCAAAAAGGCGAAUAAUGGAGCACGACCAGAUUGCCGUUCGCUUCGAAAAAUCAGGAAGAGACUUAAAACAGGGAAAUGA